AUGACCCGCAACAAGUACUACAUAAUUCAGGUUGGGAACUCAUGUGAUACCCCCCGAGAGAUUUUAAAACAUCUCCAUAAACGUAUACCUGGAUUGAAGGAGGUGUAUACUGUGGAGGAGUGUGAUGUGAUCCUGGUUUUCUGCCCCAUUGUGUCACGGGCAGGAACUGACAUGGAAGCUGCGCUGAAUGAACUUAAUAGGUGUUCAGCAUCCAAACCAGUUGUGUUCAUGGUUCUCCAUCACACUUUUGAACGAGAGAAAAUUGUACCAGACAGCAGCAGAUUUGUAAACAGGGAAAAUACGCUUACAGUGAACUUUCUCUUCAAUGAAGAUGUUGGGUUACUGAAAUGUGCCAUGAAUGAUAAAGCACUGAUCAAAAUCAUUGAGCAUUUCAAACCUCAGAUGCUGAGGCAGAUGGGGGGGAAUUGGUUAUGGUACAUUAUCAUCAGCACUUCAAGCAUGCUGUUUUUCUUAUGUACAGCAACAAUUCAUGUGAUUACUAAAUCAGUACAGAUUCUGUGGCAGCAAGUGAAAAAUCAGUUAUGGUUCAUCAUCAGCACUGCAGCCAACAUCGUGGGACUAAGAACAGUGCAGAACCAAAAUAAAAAUGAGCCAGCAACCUGACACAAGUGGAUGCCAGAGAGCAGCUGGCCAGUCAAGCACGGACAAUGAAGAUUCUGGGCUAGCAGAACCCAUUAGUCAACCUUCUAAAAUUGGCGGAAAUAAAUAUCACAUCCUCAUAUGUGGAAAGACAUUAAAUUGUCAGGAAGAGAUUAUCAAUCACCUUCAAACACUAGGUCUAAAGGAAGUGUCCGUGCAGGAAUGUGAUGUUAUAGUGGUUUAAUGCCUUGUCGUUUCAAGGGCAGGAACUGACAUUGAAGCUGCACUAAAAAAACUUAAUGGACUCUCAGAGUCUAAAGCAGCCAUUAUCAUGGUCCUCCAUCACACAUUUGACCCAGAGAAAAUUGUACCAGACAGCAGCAAGUGUAUAAACAGGCCAAAUACACUUACAGUGGACUGUCUCUUCUUUGAGGAUACAGGAUUACUGCAAUGCAUGAAGAAUAAAGAUGCUCUGGACAGCAUUCAGCAAUGGCUGCAACCACAAGUAUUUACUCUUUACACUUUACUGGUAUAUUACCAGUUCCUCACAAUUCAGAAUACCUGCACAUAUGGUCGCCAAAAUACAAUACAAUUACAAUACUUUAUGGUCUUUAUAUUUAAAGCUGAUUAAAGGGAUACUUACCCACAAAAAUAUAUAUAUUUAAAUAAUUUACUAUGUCUUUCCAAACCUGAAUGACUGUAUUUUGAACACACGCACACAGAAAUUAAAAUUUUGGUAAAUGCAUUGGUAACCAUACAAUAUUAGAGCCUAUUUACAUACAUUUCAUGGACACAAACCACUAAGAUGUUUAGUAAGAGCACAAAUAGUACAAAUAACUGUACACAGAUUCCAAGACAUCAACAGUACAUUCUGACCAGAAUGAGAAAUAUUUGGCCGGUUUCCCAGACAGGGUUUAUGUUAAGUGUCUUGAUCGAAAUUUCUUUCAACUUACACUGAUAUAUCUUAAAAUAUAGUGCAAUUGUUUUGUCUCAAGAUGCACACAGUAAUGCUUUUUGUAAAGUAUGUUUUUAAAAAACGACUUAAAUAUCCAAAUUUAUCCAUCUAGUCCUGGUUUAAGAUAAUCCCUGUCCGAGAUACCACCCAUUGUGUACAGUAUUAUGCCUAGUAUGUAUUUAACCUCUAUAUUUUUAUAACUUUGCAGUUUCUUGCUGAUUGACAGUUUUGACCACAUGCAUGGUAUGAUCUUCUGAUGUUCUGCAUCAGAACUUAUGAUUGUCCUGCUGGGCAUGUCUGGGUCUGGGAAGUCUGCUGUAGGAAAGAUGAUACUUGGGAGAAAAGAGACGUGCGAGGCUAGUGUCUCUACAGUCACUCAGAAGAUAACAGUAGAGAUUGGAACAGUGGAUUAGGGGCAGGUGUAUGUGAUAGACACUCCUGACUGGUUUAACUCUGAUCUCCCACUGGAGAAAAUUAAAAAAAACAUACAGGACUGCAUCCGUAUGUGUUCCUGUAAACCUUAUGCUGUCCUUCUAGUCAUACCAGUAAAGCAGUUUACUGAAGAGCAGAAAGAGAUUGAGAGUAUGAAGAAGUUUUUUGAGGAGAGAUGCUGGGAGAGGGUUAUGAUCCUUUUCACUGUUACUGAUGAACAGGAAAAGCAAUCUAUUAUCCAGAAACAAAAACUGCUGUAUAACUGUGGAAAUAGAUUUUAUUCACUCAACAUUGCUCAGACAGGGAACAGUGCUCAGGUUUCAGAGUUGCUGAAGAAGAUAGAGGAGAUGAUUGCCAAAGACAGCAGUGCGCUCACAGAAUUAGAAAUAAAGACAGCCAUUGCUAAAUAUAAACAAGGGCGCAUAGAAAGAAAUUGAAAUUACAGUAAAAUACAACCGCCCGAACUUCAGCACACAAUCUGGAUCGCAAAGGAAUCAAAAGUGUUUCAGUUUAAAGACCUGACGAAUGAUGACUUUGCAGAGAUUAAUGUUUUGUAACAAUGUUUUGACGUAAACUACCUCUUUAAUAAAGAUCUACAGUUAUAGAUCUACAUUACAGAGUUUGCUUGCAUAUACAUGUACUGCAUAUAAACAUUGUCAUUAUCAUAUCUUCAUGUUAUCAGUAUUAAAUGUCAUUAUGAGAGACUUUUGGGUUGGAGGAUAGGUUGUAUUAUAAUACGAUGUGAAUUAAAUUGAUGGAGUUUAAUGUUCCAGAUGGAUUAUAGUGGUCAAAACAAGUUUCGACAAAACAACAAUGUUUUGCUUAUGGAAAUGAACUUUGGAGUAAACACUGGCUUACCUUGUGGCAAAGCUUCUCCUCUGCAAUAAAGGUUCUAAUUAUUAAAAUAAGCAU